AUGGUCAACACCCGUUCGACUAGUCCGAACGCUAGGACAGAGGCCUGUUAUGAGUAUUUUAAUCGUAUCAAGCGAACCCCUGAUCGUCGGAACAGUCAAGGUCCCACCGGGUCUUCUUCCGCUGCCGAGUUGCCUGAAAGCCAGCCUCCUGAAGAUGGCGGUUCGUACAUCCCUGAAUCUUCGGUCGAACCAUUGGUCAAAACGAACGCCGCGAAGAAUGAAAGAAAGAUUAGGUUGGAGUACCAUCUGUACUCACACAAAAAGAAUCCUCAGGACUCUCAGUACCUCGAAUCGAAGCCCGCUCUUGGACCUGGGCUACCGGAAAUCGUUCGCUUCGCACUUCCCAUCACCGAGCAGGCCUUUGAGGAUUUCAAACCAUCUUUGGAGCACUUGAAAAAUAUGCUUUUCAAUCUCGCGGAUGAAAUUGACCCCAAUCAAUUUGGAAACCGAAACAGUGUGUUGUUGGAUAACACAAUGGAGAAAGGUUUGGUCACCAUUCGUGCGUAUAUUGACGGCCACCCCGAUUAUUCGUGGGAUUUUAAUCGCCUCGUAUGGUGCGAUGCGGCUUGGGUCUUGUUUUUAGACGAGGUUAGGAUGAAUCCUUUGAAACGCGCUGGGAUCAAUGUCACUAUGAUUGAUCCACCUAAGACUCUCCUGGUUUCACCUCCUGUAAGUGAAUCUCAUGUUAUGUAUGACUUGGUUGCAUCUUUUCGAUGCAAACUUUGGCUAAGCUGA